UCCUCACAACACAGCGUAGCCUGCCCGAUGUUUUCGUAUCGGCCUUCCAAGACAGAAUCCGCCCUGAACUUAUCGACACUCUACAAAACAUGCUGGUCGCCCGGGGGUAUUAUCAGGAUUCUUGUCCCAGGAUAUCGCCAGAGCUUCUUCAGAAGCUGCUAUUGGAGAUUCGCGACUUGAAGGAGAUGGUAGCUGACCCCAGAGCCAUGCAACGGCGGCUUGAGGCCUGUUUUACCCCUUCGGGACGUAUCACUGGACCUCCUAGUUCAGGUCAUCGGUAUCUAACCUCCAUCGGGGAGCUUGAGCAUCCUUCCAUUGUGGGCGCGACGAGAACAAGGGUUGGUGUGUCUCAACACACUGCCGCAGUCCAUGGAGCUGUGCCCAGAGAAUCAUUGCAAGAAGUCUACGAUCAUGUGCUCCUUUAUCUUGGCCAGUUUCUCAAAAACAUUUUUUCACUGCUAUUACGAUACGUACAGCCUUCUAGAGACCUGGGCCAGCAGCUACUAGCAAAGUUCAAUCUCACGUUUCUUGAUGCCGUGGGAAGCCCUCCUCGAAUCCUUCCGUCCGAGAUCUUUCAGAGUUUCAAGGUUUUCCGAGUAUUCGUUCAGGAGCAAUUUAAGGGAAUCCCUUUGAUUGACCGUGGCCGAUUCCUGCUCCUUAGCUGAGGUAGGCAACAUCACCCUAGACGAGGGGAAUUGGAGCCGCCAUGCUACUCAGGGGAGCACGGUCACCAUGGCUGCGCUUCUGCUCGGGAGGAUG